UACGCGACAUAAUAACAUGUGCCGCGUGGAGUUACAAACUUACAAACGACAAACAACAAACAACAUACACGUGAAACUAAUAUAAGCGUGUUAAUGACAACACGUUACACGACUGAUUACGAAGUAAACCGAUGAGGUCCGAGAGGCAAACUUUUUUUUGAUUCAGUUGCUAUACUGGAUUAAUUAGAUUGAUUGGUGGGGGGAGAGUCCUAAAUACUUGGUAAAAUGAGGCUGAUGUAAAUUUUCCUCAACGGUGAACACCAUCGUGUGCCAGGUGGUUUCAAAUGCGAAACGGCAUUUUACAUAUAAAUUAAAUGGAAUCGACAAUAUGUCGUUAUUGUUCCUAAUCUAUGCUUACCCCACAAAAACAACAAACGAAUUACGUUUAUCACAUCAGUUAUCAGUCAAUGUAUAAAACUAUUAUACGUUUAUAAUUUUUCAUCUUAUAAUUUAUAAACAUUUCAAAGAAUUAACAUGUUACCGAUUAAUACAGCUAUUAUCUACGUGUAUCUAUAAUCUUAAAAAUAGGUAUAUUCUUUAUUCAAAUUUACUUAAUUAAAAGUUUGCCUCACCACUUCCGAGACCCACGAGCCGCCACUGGUCAAGCAACAGCUGUCUUUGCAGCAAUUGAAAAAUGGGGUUUAACUAAAAGAGUAAAAUCAUUAUGUUGUGAUACAACAGUUUCUAAUACAGGUAGACUUAAAGAUGGCUGCAUAUUAUUGGAGCAAAAGUUGGGGCGUAAUAUUUUGUAUUUACCGUGUAGAUAUCACAUUUUUGAAAUUUUAUAAAAAAAAGUUUUUGAAAUCAAGUUUAAUUCAUCAUCUACUCCAGAUGUUCUUAUAUUCAAUAAAUUUCAAAAGUCUUGGUAAAAUUAUUUAAGUGGAAUGGAAGAUAUUAUUGUUUUAGAAAAUUAAAAAUAAUAAAAGAUGAUAUUUUGAAAUUUAGUUUUGAUCCAAUACCAACCUCGAGAUGUCAAUAAGAAACUUUUAGAACUGGUCAUAAUAUUUUUUGGUGAAACACCUCUAAAUGCGAUUGAGGCUUGGAACGGGACUACGUUAAGAUGAAGUGGUCGGUGUAUCCACUAAGAGUCGCCGUCCAAGAACAACAAAAUCAUUUUGACCUGUUGUAUAUCGGUGACUCUGACAAGUAUCAUUACGCGUACAUUUCAGAUUUUUCGAGGCUCGUGCGCAGCCAAAAAACUAAACACAAAUGUCGCAUAUACACUUGCAGACGUUGCUUCACUAGCUUUGAUGAUCAACCUAAGAAACAUAUUCUUUGAGGUCAACAAGCGUUGGAGCAACACAAGUUAAUAUGCGGCAAGGAUAAACCAAUUUUACCUGUUAUGCCGGCAGAGGGUAGUAAGGUCGCCUUUGACGCGUGGGUAAAGACGCAACAGUUACCGUUUGUCAUUUACGCUGAUUUUGAGGCCUUGCUGGAGCAAACAUACAAUCGUAUAGGUGCCUAUACUAGGACUGUGCACACACACCAUCCUAUGAGCUACGGGUUCAUGGUAAAAACAUCGGACGUUGUGCCCUCCGAGCUUCUCGAACUCUACGGUAUACCGCAAUCACCGGUAAUAUACCGUGGCUCUGAGGAUCGCGAAGAGGUCGCCAAGGCAUUCGUAAUGGCUGUAACGGAAGUGACGCGCAACAUUUCCAAAUUGUUGCGUAAAACUAACGUUCCCAUCCGAAUGUCUGUCGAUGAUGUGCGCAGGCAUAGGGAAAAAAUGCUAUGCGACUUAUGUCGCACGGCAUCCAAGGAUUCCACCCCAAAGUCGCAGACCACUGCCAUCUAUCGGGCCGUUGUGCAAUGCGUGUAACCUGAAAGUGAAGACUGUUAACUUUGUGCCGUGCUUCUUGCACAAUCUUUCGGGUUACGACGCGCAUUUCAUCGUCACUGAAUUGGGGUACGACGACUAAAGGAUUUCGGUCAUACCGAAUUCCGAGGAGAAGUAUAUUUCGGUCACGAAACACGUGACCAAUAACUUCUCCAUACGGUUUGUCGACACCUUCCGGUUCAUGGCCUCCUCCCUGUCCACCUUGGCCGGUAACCUAAUGACACCCGAUUUCGUUAAAUUCCGGGAAACGGCCAAGGUGUUCCGCCCGGAAGAUAUGCCGUUGGUUACGCGUAAAGGCGUAUACCCUUACGAGUACACUGAUAGUUGGGCUAAAUUGGACGAAACGGAACUACCACCUCAGGACGCUUUCUAUAGUCAGUUGAGUGAGUCUAAUAUUGAUGACGACGACUAUAGACACGCCACAGAGGUGUGGAACCGUUUCAGCUGCUCAACCCUCGGUGAGUACAGCGACCUAUACCUAAAGAUCGACGUGCUGUUGUUGGCUGACGUUUUUGAGAACUUUCGCGACAUCUGUACUACAACAUACAAUUUGGACCCGGUACACUAUUAUACCGCACCGGGUUUUAGCUUCGAUUGUAUGUUGAAGUACACCAGGGUGAAGCUGGAGCUCUUAAACGACUACGACAUGCUACUGAUGGUGGAACAGGGUAUUCGUGGUGGGCUGGUGCAGGCCGUCAAGCACUAUGCCAAGGCCAAUAAUCCAAAGACACCGGAUUACGAUUCAACAAAACCAGACUCAUGGAUCGUCUACCAAGACUGCAAUAACCUGUACGGUUGGGCUAUGAGUCAGCCCAUGCCGUACGGAGGCUUCCGGUGGUAUGAAGGAGCAGAUCCUCUGACCGACCUUCAAUUGCUUCCGGACACUGGUAAUACGGGGCGUAUAUAUGAAGUGGAUGUAUCGUAUCCAGAAGAGCUGCAUGACGAGCACAACGACUUGCCGUUCUUGCCUGGCAACGAUGUACCACCGGGUUCCAAAGAGACCAAUCUCAUGGCCACUUUGAAACCCAAACAACGGUACGUCGUACACUAUGUCAACUUGAAACAGGCGAUUGCACACGGACUGCAAGUCGAUAAAGUGCACCGCGUUUUAGAGUUUCAACAAAGUGCUUGGUUGAAACCGUACAUUGAGUUGAACACUGAAAUGCGGAAACAGGCGGCAAAUGCUUUUGAAAUAUCGUUUUUCAAAUUAAUGAAUAAUGCCGUCUUUGGGAAAACCAUGGAGAACAUGCGGAAACGCAUCCGUAUUGAGCUAAUCUCCAGUCCCGAACGUCUAUGCAAGCUCGUAAACCAACCAAACUUCAACGACUGUAUCAAAUACGGCGAAAGCUUGUGCGCCAUCAUAAUGGACACAAAGAUUGUCAAGUUUAUCAAACCAAUAUACGUCGGUUUAGCAGUGCUUGACAUUAGCAAGUUGCUAAUGUACAAGUACUUCUACGACGUAUUAAAACCUCAUUAUGGUGACGCAAUCAGCCUGGUUUACAUGGAUACUGACUCCUUCAUUUACCUGCUCAGAGUCAGAGACUUUUACCAGGAUUUAGCCGACAGUCCUGAUUUACUAGUGCACGUGGACGCAUCUAGCCUGCCCAAGGAUCACUCUUGUUACUCGACCUCGAGGAAGAAGACACCUGGUCUGUUUUCAGACGAGACCGGCGGCCUCACUCUUUUUGAGAUCGCUGCACUUCGUUCAAAGUGCUAUGCAUUUGACAUGGAAGGCAGCGAACUCAUCAAGUCUAAGGGGAUCCGCGGACACGUCAUCCGCAACCAUCUGUCUUUGGACGAUUACAAACGAUGCUUGUUUGAAGACGAUAACGAUGGCGACGAUGCGUCAAAACGAGCGUUGGCCGGAGAGAAUGCCCGUGUAGUCAUCGGAGCCGUACGUGAUGGUGAGAUUCCACCGACAUUAUCACUACCGUACACUCCGUACCGACAGAACGUGUCAAUUCGUUCUUUCGAGCACGAGGUACGCACUUUACGUACAACCAAGUUGGCGCUUAACCGUUUCGACGAUAAGCGCUACACGCUCGACAACAGAGUUGACACGCUGGCUUACGGUCAUUAUGCCAUUCCAUCGGAAGAAAUUUANUUACGGUAUUAA